AUGUUUACCACCCUUCAUACACUACUCCUCCUCCUCGGUCUGGAGCGUGUCCUCCGCUCUCAGGACUCGCAGCCGCGUGUAUGGGGCUGCAUUCUGAUUAUGACCGCCACUCUGGGCUCUGCCCUCAUGCACUACCAGUUAUCCCGCACUGAAUGGGUCAUGGGCUCUAUGUUAUAUGUGAUUAUUUUCCUUGCGGGGCUAGCGCUAUCACCGCUCCAGUUGCUGCUGGUGUUCUGGUCAAAGCCAAGGAAUGAGGUAAGUACGGGGAUGUUUGAGGUUUAUAAGCCAAAAGCUGCAGAGGAUGUCGGUGUAGACAUCAUCGCCGUCCAUGGGCUUGGCUCGGACCCCAGCUGGGCAUGGACGUACUGGGAAAGGCGCAGUGGCGUCGAGGUGUCGAAUAACGUUAUGUGGCUGCGGGAUCUACUGCCGGAUGCGCUUCCGGGUGUAAGGAUUAUGACGUUUAACCAUGAUUCGGCGUGGCGGUCUGAUGCGCCGGUUAAGUCUGUACAAGAUUGCGCGAAUCAACUGUUAGACGCGGUCAGGACGUGCCGGAAUAGUGAUGAGGAGAAGAAAAGAAGAAUAAUCUUUAUUGGCCACAGCUUCGGCGGUAUCAUUAUCAAGAAGGCACUUGUGACCGCUGGUGAAAAAAGCUCUGAAGCCCGCUACAAAUCCCUCUCCGAUUCCGUUCUCGGCGCCCUGUUCCUCGGUGUCCCCCAUGACGGAUCUCGACUGACGAAAGCCGGAGUGUUUGUGUCCUACAUCACGUACUGCCUGGGCUCAAGUACUGAGCUCCUGGAGGCACUACGACCGGGGACGGAGGCGCUGUGGGUACUUAAUGAUGCGUUCUUGAAGGGGUAUGGGACAAGUGAAUAUCAUGUUGUGAAUUUUUGCGAGACAAGAAAGACACAGAAAUGGGGGGUACCGCUAUUGCUCGCGGUUGAUAAGAAGGCGAGUAGUAUGCCGGGGAAAACUAAUGUAUCGCUGGAGUGUGAUCAUAUGCGGAUGAACAAGUUCAAAUCGGAGACGGAUGGAAACUAUAAAUUGGUGCUGAACGAGGUGAAGGAGAUGGUGGAAAGGGUGCAGGAAGCCCACGCUGCUACUGUAACGAAAGAAAUGGAAGAAUGUUUAAGUACGAUAUUCUUCAAGGAGCUUGAUGACCGGUUGAAUGCCGUCUCCGAUGCUGAUGCCUCGACAUUCGAGUGGAUUUGGACCGAUGAUCGAAUGACUAACUGGCAAGACGCUAGCCCUGGGAUACUGUGGGUUAUUGGCAAGCCUGGCUCUGGAAAAUCAACUCUCUGCAAGUAUCUAUUCGAUAGAAAGUCUAAGGAAGCCGAGUCUUUGCCUAGUAAAAUAGUAGCAAGAUUCUUCUUCAACGCGCGGGGGGCAAGUCUUGCACAGUCCCUCCGAGGGUUACUGCAGGCGCUAUUAUACCAGGCUCUCCGGAAGCUUCCUGCAACCUAUACCUAUAUACUUCCCGAAUAUAGGAAGAUUAGAGGUAAACUUGAGAAUAAGGGGGAAUGGCCGUUGAAGGUCCUGCUCGAUACUUUCCUUCAGAUCAUCGAGGAUCCGGCGGUCAAAUCUCUCCAUCUCUUUAUCGAUGCCUUGGACGAGUGUGUAGCUCUUGAUUACACCACACAGCCGAGUGGGGAAGAUGCAUUGACUAGGGAAUAUCUUUCAAUGAUAUUUUCUGCGGCGCGUUCUAACCCAAGCUUCAAAAUAUUCGUUACCAGCCGUCAUCAACUGUUUCCGGGUAUCCUGGACGUGGGUUACAUCCAGAUCACUCUCGAAAGCAUGACAGCGGAUGAUAUCGAGACCUUCUUGGAAGGGCGGAUUGUGGCUAUCCCGACAGAGAACAGAACCUUUGUGCAGGCAGAGCUCAUGGCGCGCGCGUCAGGGGUCUUUCUGUGGGUCAAACUUGUACUCGAGGAGUUGAUACAUGAGUGCGCCCAGGUCUCGGAAGAGGAGCUGAAACAAAUAUUGAUAUCCAUUCCGAACCAACUUGAGUCCCUCUACGCCCGCAUGCUGGAGAGACUCAUCGCGAAGUUAAAGGCUCCACAGUGCUUAGAAACAAGAUACAUGUUUGCAUGGGUGUCCCUGGCCGAGCGGCCCUUGACCGUCGCCGAAUUCCGCUACGCCAUCGCUCUCAGCCAACACACCUUCGCCUCCACCCACAGCUUCGAGACCUCCGGAAAAGUCCAAAGGCUUGACCAAACCGCGGAGCGUAUCAAAAGCCGUUCCGGCGGUCUCCUAGAGAUAGAGGUGCAAUCAAACACCGUUCAGUUCAUCCACCAAUCCGCGAAGGAGUUUUGCCAUAACUCUAAAUUCCCUCAGCAGUUUCACUUUACCGUGUCCGAUGCCCACUUACGCAUGGCAACUAUCUGCACGGCGUAUCUGUGCUGGCCUGAACUUCAGUCGAUAUCCAUCGAUGAUGUCCCGUAUGCCCGCAUUCCGGAAGAAAUAAGUUUCAUACAGCCCUUCCUCAAUUACGCUGUGCUCUGGUUCGUACAUGCAGAGCUCGCCAAGGCCUCUGGAAAUCCGUUCCUCGAGGAUCUGUGGAAGCUCGCAUCAUCUGGGUCCUCAUCACUCUUACCAAAAUCACCACUCAUCUUCGCUGUGCAGGCUAACAUGCCCCACUUCAUGACCUACCUUCUUGACCGGGGAAUGGAUGUCAAUUCCCUUGGCAGAAGAUACGAGAGUGCACUCCAGACAGCAGCACACAUGGGCCGCGUGGAUAUUGUAAAGUUAUUGAUAAACAGAGGCGCAGACGUCAACAUCCAAGAUGGCUUACAUGCAAACGCUUUGCAGAUCGCAGCAUAUAGUAGGCAAACAGAGAUGACACAGCUCCUACUGGAUAAUGGCGCAGACCCAAAUCUGCGUAGUAGGAUUUACGGGAGUACACUGCAUGCAGCUGCCAACGUGGGGGAUGUGCCGCUUGUCAAGCUACUUUUAGACAGAGGGGCUGAUAUUAACAGCCGAGGUGGCUACUGUAACACGACUGUUCUGCAAAGCGCAGUAACGGCAGAGUCUGCGGAGAAGAUGGUGCGGGUGCUGCUAGAUAGAGGUGCAGAUGUUAAUCAGAAGGGCGGCUCUGACGGUGAUGCUCUCUGUGCAGCGGUAAGGGGUUCGCAUGAUUGUGAGAAGGUUGUGAGGCUAUUAUUAGAAAGCGGAGCGCGGAUCGAUGGUCAGGGCGGUGACAGCGAAUGGGGCUCUGCACUCCACAGCGUGGCGUAUUGGGGGAGAAAAAGGGUCGCGGAGUUGCUCCUGGACAGCGGAGCGGAUGUAAAUGGACAGAGCGGAAAGUAUGGGACCGUGCUCCAGGCCGCCGCCAAUGGGUCGGGGGGCAAGGAGAUGCUGGAGCUGCUGCUCAGUAGAGGUGCAAAUAUCAAUGCCGAAGGCGGCGAAUACGGGACCGCGCUACAGGCAGCAGCCACAGCAUCCGAAAACAACGAGGAAAUGGUCAGGAUGCUCUUAGAGCGGGGUGCGGACGUUAAUGUUGCCGGUGGCUUAUACGGCAAUGCCCUUCAGGCUGCGGCAUAUAGAGGUCAUGUGAAGGUGGUGCAACUUCUCCUCGAAAACGGUGCAAAUAUCAAUGCUGAAGGCGGCAAAUACGGGACCGCGCUACAGGCAGCAGCCACAGCAUCCGGAGACAAUGAGGGAAUCGUCAGGAUGCUUUUAGAGCGGGGAGCGGACGUUAAUGUUGCCGGUGGCGAAUACGGCAAUGCCCUUCAGGCUGCGGCAUAUAGAGGUCAUGUGAAGGUGGUGGAACUUCUCCUCGAAAACGGUGCAAAUAUCAAUGCUGAAGGCGGCGAAUACGGGACCGCGCUACAGGCGGCAGCCACAGGAUUCAGAGACAAUGAGAGAAUCGUCAGGAUGCUUUUAGAGCGGGGUGCGGACGUUAAUGUUGCCGGUGGCGUAUACGGCAAUGCCCUUCAGGCCGCGGCAUCUAGAGGUCAUGUGAAGGUGGUGGAACUUCUCCUCGAAAAUGGUGCAAAUAUCAAUGCCGAAGGCGGCGAAUACGGGACCGCGCUAUAUGCAGCAGCCACAGCAUCCGAAAACAACGAGGAAAUGGUCAGGAUGCUUUUAGAGCGGGGUGCGGACGUUAAUGUUGCCGGUGGCUUAUGCGGCAAUGCCCUUCAGGCUGCGGCAUCUAGAGGUCAUGUGAAGGUGGUGCAACUUCUCCUCGAAAAUGGUGCAAAUAUCAAUGGUGAAGGCGGCUAUUACGGGACCGCGCUACAGGCAGCAGCCACGCCAGUGUAUGGAGCCAACAAGGAAAUCGUCAGGAUGCUGAUGGAGCGGGGAGCGGACGUUAAUGCUGCCGGUGGCCCGUAUGGGAAUGCACUACAAGCAGCGGUCAAGAGCGAGAGCGAGGAGGUGGUCAAACUCUUAUUGGAUAGGGGAGCCGAUGUCAAUGCUCGCGGUGGCCAGUUCGAGACCGCGCUCAUGGCCGCAGCAUACAGGAAGAACGAAGAAAUUCUGAUAAGGUUGCUAGAGGAAGGCGCAGAUGUCAAUGUCCCCGGUGAUUUUUGCGGGAACGCUCUCUACACCGCUUCAAAGUUUGGAAUGGAGAACGCAGUCGAACUACUCUUGAAGAAAGGCGCCGAUGUUAAUGCUCAAGGCGGCAAGCUUUGUAAUGCCCUCCAGGUAGCAGCAUUCGGAGGUCACAUGGCAGUGGUUGAACUACUCCUGAAUGCAGGAGCAGACAUCAAUGCCCAGGGUGGCUACUACGGUUCUGCCCUCCAGGCUGCCGCAUCGACAGAUUCCGGAAAGAAAGCUUUGGAGUUACUGCUAGCUCGAGGCGCUGAGGUCAAUAUCCAGGGCGGGAGAUACGGUACCGCUCUUCAGGCAGCCGCACAAGCGGGGGGACACUCACUCGUAUUACUACUCGAUAAAAGUGCCGACGUUAACAUCCGAGGUGGGCUCUAUGAGACUGCUCUGCAAGCGGCAGCACAGAGAAUGAACGGCGAGAAUUUCGUAAAGCUUCUCUUGGACAGAGGAGCAGACGUUAAUGUACAGGGGGGCAAGUAUGGAAACGCGCUACAGGCAGCGGCUUGGAGAGGGAAUGAGAAGGCUGUGGAACUUCUGUUGGCUGCAGGUGCAGAUGCAAGUAUGGGAUUCCGUGUCGGGGGUAUGGAUGAUGAUGAUGAUGAUGAGGAUGAUGAUGAUGAGGAUGAUGAUGAUGAUGAUGAAGAUGAUGAUGAUGAUGAUGACGAUGAUGAUGAGUACUCUUUUGGGAGUGCCCUUGAGGCUGCGGAAGAAGCUGGGCACGAGGCGGUGGCGGAGAUGAUACGAGAGGCGUUGAGGUCUUGA